AUGAGUGUUGCUCAAGAUGAACAACAUGCUGAAGCGAGAUCGACUAACAGUGGGUCGAUCGAAGAGGACAUGCCUGUGUUAGUGCACCCACAGUCAGUACACGUACUGGAAGAAAGUUCCAGCGUUCCUGAGAAUGAUACAUCCCGAGAGAGGUAUGUUGAGGUUGUGGAUCCCCAACCACCUGAGGAUGUGUUUUACCAGGAAAUCACCGAGACAGUGAAUGUCUUGGUGAAUGACGGAUCAAGUGUAGGCACUUAUACACUUGAUCUGGUUACACCCCCGAAGUCAGCUUCAGAGGUGGUCAAGUUGCCAACGCUAGAAUAUAUAAGAUUCUUGCGAGAUCUGCUCAGUGACAAGAUCAAGCAGAUCUGCGUACUCUUCACAGAUGAGAAAUACGCCGCCGAUAUUCGGUCGGCAGUGUUUACUGAGCUAGAACGGGUUCUCAGUAGCUCAUCGAUGGAUGAGAGUGUCAUCGAUGAGAAGACCCGGCUUGAGCGAUACACGUCUCAAUCUUGGGAGUCUUUGAAGACAAAUCAUUUGUAUAAGGAUUUGGUCGAAUUCAGGGAUGUUUUCUCAGAAUCCGUGCCAUGCGAGCUGCCCUAG